GUUCUAUCCAAAUAGAACCAAACUCCAGACACUUUUCGAUUCAAUACCAUCAUAGCAUGCUCUUUUGUAUCAGAAUCUUAGUGGGAUUCUAAUGGAUAUUCAAGCUCGACUCGGAAGCAUUACAUCCCAUACUUUCUGUUCCCCAAAACAAAAACCCAUUUCGUGUUCUUCUUAUUCUUCCUCUAAUACCUACUCUCCUCUCGUUUUGUUCUGCUCCCAAAGGAAUUUUCAACAACCUCAAAACAACGAUAAUAAUAACAACAACAACAAUGAUAAAGGUGAUAAAUUCUCUACAGACUGGGACAAGGCCUGGUCUAACUUUAAAAAGCAAGGGAAAAAGAACCUCUUCUCACAGUUUUCUCCUGACAAGUAUGUCAGCUGGAACCCUACGCGCUCAAACUAUCCACUAUCUGAGGAAGUUGAUCCCGUCAAGAAAGCAGAGAGGUCAAAUCUCAUGCUAUGGACUAGUCCAAGGUUUACACUAGCAGGGGCCAUUGUGAUAGUCACAUGUCUUUUGGUCUACACCAUUCUUGCACCAAUCAAGUGAUUGUACUUGUAUUGUGUUUUCCUCUCAGAAAGCACGUCUAUCUUGUAGAUCUGUGAUGGAUGUUUAUAUAAGGAAAUGGGCCUAGGAAUUGAGAUAUAAAUAUUCUGUAAAUGCAAUGACUUACUAUUCUUACUUAUGUUAUUUAAUCCAAUUGUCCUUUAUUUUCUAA